GCUUUUUUUACACCUUCCAUCUCAUUUCCCCUCUCUCUCUCUCUCCACGUACAUUUUCCUCUCUCUCUCUCUCUCUCUCUCUCUCUCUCUUCUUUCUCUCUCCACAUACAUUUUCCACGCUUUCAAAAACUUCUCUAGCUGUCUGUGUCAUGGAAAUCAUGCCGUCUCGGCGUCUCCCGUGACUCCAGUGGUCUCCCAACCCAGACUCAAACCCAAACCCAAAUCGAAGUUUCCCAGAAUAAAUUGAACUCCACACCGCAAUUAUUCCAUCCCCCCCCCCCCCAUGUCUUCUCCCCCCUCUCUCUCUCCUCCCCAGCCCCCCUCCCUCUCUCUUUAAAAAAAAAACCUCCCGGACAGCGGAGAGAUGCGGCAAUCUCCCCUCAGGAACGGCGGGGGCGGCGAGACCCCCUCCCCUCGCCCCCGAAUCCAACAGAACACUCCUCCUCACCACCACUUCCACUCCACCGUCUCCGUACAGAAGCUACGCCGUUUCAACACGCUGAUCCUCGUCUUCCGAUUCGCUGCAUUCUGCUCCUCCGCCGCCGCUUCCGUUUUCAUGCUCGUUAACCCUAGAGGCCCCGAUUCCCCUCGUUGGUACGACUUUGACGCCUUCAGAUUUGUGCUUGUUGCCAAUGCUAUAGUGGCAGUGUAUUCUUUGUUCGAAAUGGGAGCUUCUGUUUGGGAGAUUUCGAGUGGGUUCACUUUGCUCCCUGAGAUCAUUCAGGUCUGGUUUGAUUUCGGCCAUGAUCAGGUUUUCACGUAUCUAUUGCUAUCGGCGGACUCCACGGGUACAGAGCUAGCUCGGACGAUGAAAGGGACAGACAGGUGCAUGUCCAACAACGCGUUUUGCGUCCAGACUGACAUAUCCAUUGCCUUGGGGUUUGCCGGGUUUCUAUUUCUGGGGCUGUCGUCACUUCUUUCUGGAUUUCGGGUUGUUUGUUUCAUAAUCAAUGGCUCUCGUUUUCAUAUCUAGAGCACCCGCACCAAGCUCUGAGAGCAUUCCCUUUACUGUGCACCUUACUCUGUAGUCUUAGCCAAGGUUCAAUGGUUUCGGGCAUGUUAUCGUGUGGCUCUAAUUAGUAUUGUGCUUGUGAGAGAUCUGUUCAUUCUUCAUUACUCAUUCUUCAACAUUUUUUGUGUUUCUGAUUCAUUUAUACGACCUUUUAAUCAAGACAUUGUGUAUUUA